AUGGGUAAACCAAAAUAUAUAUUUAUUAUAAGACAUGGUGAAUCAGAAGGUAAUUGUGAUAAAAGUGUUAAUAGAUAUGUACCAAAUCAUUUAGUUCCACUAACAGAAAAUGGACAUCAACAAAGUUUAAAAGCUGGUCAAGUUUUAGCGGAUUUUUUAUUACAACAGAAAUUACCAUCGCAACAUCAAAAGAAUAAAAGAUCAAUAUGUUUUUAUACUUCACCUUAUUUAAGAACUAGACAAACUUGUCAUAAUAUUGUAGAAGGUAUUAAACAAGUUCCAGAAGUUGAAUAUCAAAUUAAAGAAGAACCAAGAAUGAGAGAACAAGAUUUUGGAAAUUUUCAAUCAUCACAAGAAGAAAUGGAAAAAAUAUGGGAAGAAAGAGCAAGAUAUGGACAUUUUUUUUAUAGAAUAGCAAAUGGAGAAGCAGCGAGUGAUGUAUAUGAUAGAGUUGCAGGAUUUAAUGAAACUUUAUUUAGACAAUUUAAAGAUGAAAAUUUUCCAAAUAUCUUGGUGUUAGUAACUCAUGGAGUUUGGCUGAGAGUAUUUCUAAUGAAAUGGUUUAAAUGGACAUAUGAAGAAUUUGAAUCUUUACAAAAUGUACCACAUUGUGAAUAUAUAAUAAUGAAAAAAAAUGAUAAAACUCAAAAAUAUCAUCUAAAAACAAAAUUAAAAACAUGGGAUGAUUUAGAAGAUGAUAAAGAAAUAGAUAAUGAAAUAAUAAAAGAAGUUAAUGAAGAAACAGGAGAAGAAUAUGAAGUAGAAGAUGAAGAAAUACAAUUGAUUAUACAAGCACAAAAACAAUCUAUUGAAGAUUUAAAAUUAAAAAAUAAGAAAAUACACCAAUUAUAUAAAACGAUACAUAAUAAUCCAGAUAAAAACAAUAAAAGUAAUAAUAAUAAUAAUAAUAAUAAUGAUAAUAAUGAUAGUAUAGAAACUGAUAAAGAUAAAUUAGUAUCGAGAUUUAGAAUAGAUAAUCAAAGUGUUGUUAAUAGUGUUGAAUCAUUUCACGCACAUUAUGAACAAUUAAAGAGAGAGUCAGAACAUUAUCAUGAACAUCAACAUCAUGAAAUAAAUAAAUGA